CGUGACCCGGCCAAGCGCUCCUGCCCCCAGAGGCGGCUCAGCACAGAGGGAGGAAGGACCACGGAGCCAACUUGUCGUGACAGCGGUGCUCCUGAGCAUUUCUGGAGCCGAAGCUCUCCUCACAGAGGGAAGGACAGAGCAGGCAGCAGGCGGCAUGGAGCCCCCCUCGGCCCUUCCCCGAGGAGGGCGUGUUCCCUGGCAGGAGCUCCUGCUGGCAGUCUCACUCCUAACCUUCUGGAACCCUCCCACCACUGCCCAAGUCACUAUUGAAUCGGUGCCGCCCGAUGCUGCCAAAGGGAAGGACGUUCUUCUGCGUGUCCACAAUCUGCCUGUGAAUCUUAUAGGCCUUGGCUGGUUCAAAGGGACAGCUAUAGAUCCCCGUAGGGAAAUUCUAUCAUAUGCAGCCGACUUACAAGAAAUUACCCCAGGAUCUGCAUACAGCGGCAGAGAGACAUUAUAUCUCAAUGGAUCCCUGCUGUUCCAGAACAUCAACCUGGAGGACACAGGAUACUACACCCUACAAAUCAUAAAGAGGAAUGUUCAAGUUGAAAAAGUAACUGGACAGCUCCGUGUAUAUCCGGAGUUACCCAAACCCAACAUCACAAGCAACAACUCGGACCCCGUGGAGAACGUGGAUUCUGUAGUAUUAACGUGUGAACCUCAGACUCAGAACACAAGCUACCUGUGGUCAGUAAACAGUAAGAGCCUCCCGGACAGCGCCAGGCUGGAGCUGUCCCUGGACAACAGGACUCUCACUUUACAUGGUGUCACAAGGAAUGACACAGGACCUUAUGAGUGUGAAACCUGGAACCCAGUCAGUGCCAGUCGUAGUGACCCAUUCACCCUGAAUGUUCUCUAUGGCCCGGAUGCCCCCACCAUUUCCCCCUCAGACUCCUAUUACCGUCCAGGGGCAAACCUCAGUCUCUCCUGCCACUCAGCCUCUAACCCGCCUGCACAGUAUUCUUGGCUUAUCAAUGGGAGCCCCCAGCCAUCCUCACAGGAGCUCUUUAUCCCUAACAUCACUGUGAAUGAUAGUGGAACCUAUACCUGCCUCGUCCAUAACCCUGGCACUCGCCUCAAUAAGACCACAGUCAAGACUAUCACAGUCUCUGAGCCAGUGUCCCAGCCCUCCAUCAACAUCAGCAACACCACAGCCACAGAACAUAAGGACUCUGUGGUCCUGACCUGCUCUACAAAUAACACAGGGGUCUCCAUCUGGUGGCUCUUCAAUAACCAGAGUCUAAAGCUCACGGAGAGGAUGAAGCUGUCCCCAGACAACAGCACCCUCACCAUAGACCCUGUCAGGAGGGAAGAUGCCGGGGAUUAUCAGUGUGAGGUCUCCAACCCAGUCAGUUCCAGCAAAAGUGACCUCGUCAAGCUGAAUGUGGAAUAUGAUUUCACACAACAAAGUUCUGGCCUCUCCGCUGGGGCUAUUGCCGGCAUCGUGAUCGGAGUCCUGGCCGGGGUUGCUCUCAUAGCAGCCCUGCUGUACUUUCUGUGUAACAGAAAGUCUGGCGGGACAAGUGACCUGCGUGAUCUCACAGAGCACAAACCCUCAGCCUCCAACCACAGUCAGGACCACUCUGACAAUGUGCAUAACAAGACUGAUGAAGUUGCAUAUUCUUCCCUGAACUUCAAUGUCCAGGCACCAAAGAAAUCAGCGUCAGCCUCCCCACCCCUAACAGCCACAGAAACAGUGUAUUCAGAAGUCCAAAAGAAGUAAUACCUUCUGUCCUGCUCUCUGCGCUGCUGACUCCUUCCCAAGCUCCUCAUCCCCAUCACUAGGAGACCCUUUUCCCCUCAGGGAAAAUGGGAUGAAGCCUCUUUCCCCACUUCACUCCCUAACUGAGAAACCUGCAGGCUGCCUGGUUACAGCCCCUCCCUUCAGUGUCAAUAGACGAAAAGGUACAUCCGGGAUUCCUAGGAAACCCAGCCUUCCUAGUCAUUGAAAUUUGGCAAAGCAGAUCUUGGGCGGUUGCCAGAACUUUUGCCCCUCCCAAGUUUUCCUGACCUAAACUUGUUUUAAACUUACUUAUUCAGGGCACAGUCAUUCCUUCCCACCCCAGUCCUGUCCUAUUGGAGUCUAACUUGAAUUUGCCGUAACCUUGUGAAUUAUGUCCUGAUCCACUGAAAUGCAUGUGCCAGAAAAGAAGAGAGGAAAGAAGUAAAAGUAAAAGCUUCUAUCUCCCCAAAGCCCAGUGUGAACCCACCAUACACGAGCAAACGAAUAUAUAACCAAUGCUGAAAUGGCAAAUUCUCCACCUUUGUCUACUAUCAGAGUUGUCUACCAGGGCCUAAACACCUUGCUGCUUGACUAGAAUGCCACCAAAGCCAUUUGGCAAGCCUGUUUUCAGAGAACCCACUGGAAGCAAUUAGGGAAAUUAUUUGCCAAGGUCCACAGGCGAUUCCUAAUGAAAAUGCCCCACAAAUGCAAUAUGUUUCACAACUUUAUGGGCUUUAUUCAAGGAAAUAUUCACAGAAGGAGGGCUUAUAGCUUCAGAGAACAUUCGCCUCUUAACAGACAAUCAGCUGGGAAUUUGGGAGAGGAGUCAGAGGAGCCACCCUUCAGAGAUUAUUUAAAUCAUUGUUAAAGAAUGCCCAAUUUGGCAUAUUGGGUUUUUUUCCCUUUUCUCUGAGACAUUCUGCCAUUUUAGUUUUUGCAUCUGCUAGUUUAUGUGAAAGGGGCUAUUUUUACUUAGCUUAUCUAUAUAAGCCAAUCUGCCUGCCUUAGGGGAAAGAAGCCGCCAAAACCCACAAGUCCCCUUGGCCAGGAGUUGCUCGAGGCAUUUAUGUCUGGGGCUCUUUUGUGGCCUCUUUUGUGGCUAGAUGGGUCUAACUCAGUUUCCCAGCAUCUCAGGCCAGUCUUCAACCACCAUUCCAUUCCACGGGGGUCUCUGCUGUGCGUGGUGUCUGUCCCACUCACUUUCUCAGGAGACCCGGCCUCUGCUAAGGUGCGUUUGGUCCUUGACAAGUGGGGAUGCCCUGAAGGGAACACACUCAAGCCCCUGCUGGCAUUGUUUACACCCUGAAAAGCUGCACUUGUGCUGAUGCUCCUGGGAACCCGGGCUGUGAGAGGUCAGGACAGGGGAGGGUGAUAACUGGGCCAGAGGCUUCUUGAACAGCCUCUGAAAUGUUUUCUCCCAUGGGGUCAAGUCCCAGUGUGCAGAACAGAAAAGAAGAGCCGGAGGAGAGUCAAUGCACUUCCCAUCCAGCCUCCCUCUAAGCAGACGGGAGUCUCUUUGGGGCUGUUGAGAAAAGGCUUUUAUUCUGUAUUGAUUACUUGAUGUCAUGCUGUGUCUAAGAUGCCCCUCAAAGAGGGCUAGUUGGGAAUUCUCUGUACUCAGGUACCUCUUUCAAGGGUUUUCUAACCCUCACACAGUCUAUUUAUACUUCCCCUCAUCUAUGCUACUCUGUGUUAUUUAAUUUUGCCUGGCUAGGGCCACUUCUGAAUUAUUUGUGAAACUUGCUCUAUAUUUAUAAUAAAAAUUAUAAAUUAGACAAAAA